AUGCCUAGCGGAUACUCAGCCACGCUAGUCUGGGGAACAGUGGUGAUCCUUUCUCUUACAUCCAUAUCACCUAGCAGCUGUGACGGCGACUUCAACGAGCUAGUUCAAUACGACGCCGAUGACGUCAGGCAGUUUUUAUUCGGCGGCAAGUCCGGUGAUGGUUCCCUCAUAUUGCCACCUCCGGGGCACCAACUUGUCGGAACUUCCGGCACCGGUGAAAAUUGCAACGAUCCCAUACUAAUUAUUCACGGUGCAGAUCCAUGUCGACAAAUGAAGACCGGAAAGACGUACACGGACGGGCAGACGUGCAACGGGUUCUUCCGGUGCUCUGAGGGUCGAUCGCUGCCGUCAUCAUGUUCACAGGGCCACUCGUACAACGUGCUCAGCGGAGGAUGCCUCCCCGAUUUCUCGUGCAUGCAGGCGUCUCUCGAUAAACACCCCUGCACUGAAGGCACCACACUUCCGGUUCCGGGUCAGCCCCACCUGUUCUACCUGUGGGACGGUCGCAAGAGCGUUACGGAGAUGACGUGUCCGCGGGGUCUCUGGUACAACCAUAACAUCUGCACGUGUGACUGGAUCAUCCCGGGAAAAACGUUCGGCAAACAGGGCUGCAGCCCGAUGUUCCAUUUCGGUUACGGUGGCAGUUUCCUCGAGGAGUUCAACAGGGUCCCGCAGUCCCCCAACACAGCCGUGUCGAUCUACCGGAACUCGGCACUCUUCGCGAAGGGAGGCGAGAUCCUGUUAUGGGUGAUGAACGACAUCGACAUGGACAGUGAAUGGGCGCUCUGCUUUGAGUUCCUCACGCGCACCUACAGGGACGAGGUGGCGCUCGUCUCAAACGACUGGCAGGGGCUUCCGUUCACGUACAAACUGACGCACCAUCCGGCCCGGCAUGUCGUGAUGGGAUACUUCCGCAUGAAGGAUGGCACUGUGGUGGAGCUCGUCAUUGUCGGAGUGUCGCCGCACAAGCCACACUUUCUGCGCCUGGCUAAACAAGGGUCCACACUGAAGAUGCGAGUGGACAACAUGCCUGCCGCCACUGUUGAUAUAGAAGCGGGUGUGGCUUCAUCCCCUACCCCGAUGGUGUUAGGCGCAGCGGAGGGCUGUACAGGUUUCCGCGGCUUCUUCGAUGAGCUGAAGUUCUUCCGCUGUGUACCUGAGGAUUUCUUUCACGACUACGAGGGUACCGUAUGAGAGGAAUAGUAGACCACCGUGUCCAUGGCAACAAUGCGAAGAAUUGCGCAUGCGUGCUGUUAUGAUCCACUGUUGUGCUACAUGCAAACUAUUUAUCAUAUUUUUCAAUUAUUGUAAUGUAUGUUCAGUUUUUUUUGUGUGGAAUAAUAUUACAAACACAUGUACAAUAUGGUAAUAAUGUGUCAUUUAAACUAUAUUACAACAGGUCUCGGGGAAUAGUUCUUUAAUAUUCCCAUAACAGCCUCACGGAAGUUUUACAAAAGGCAUAUUUAAAUGAGUGUGCGCUCCUCAGUUUUAAAAUGCGACUUUCUGUAUUAUUUUAAUUGUACACAAUUUCGUUAGAUUUUUUCCCCCAUUUUUUACAUGAAAAUUCCGACUCGCUUGUGUAUAAAUCUGUCUGUCUCAUAGUUCGGUAAUUCACAUAUAAUGUAUGUGAAGGUUUAUUUAUUUAAGCCCAAAAGCAAUAAAUAAAGGAAAAUCAACAUAUAUUUAUGUAAAUAAUAGUUCAUAUCAUAUUUAUAUUAAUGAUAUUUUUUUAAGUUUAUAACGUAGUAUUACUAAAUACGCAUUAAUGCUCUAAUAAAUAAAUGGGCUUAAUUAAUUGUAUA